UCGCUUUUGAUCUUCCCGAGAUCCCUCGGGAUUGCAAGAUCCUUUCCUUCCCCAGGCAGAGAGGCGGCUGGGAGCCUCAGCGGCCAGACGUCCGAGAAGCCACCCCACCUCCGAGACUCUCAUUUCAGCGCACACCCACCCACCCGUGUUCGGCCUCUCUUCUUCCAGAGGGACCGUCCAGGAGCCCUCCGACACGCCCCCCUCCCUCCCUCCGCUCCCACCGCACUGAUCCGAGGCCGCGCCCCUCCGCCUCCGGAGUUGCGCUGGAAAUCAACGCUUCUUUUGCGCUCCGCGAUUUGCCAGCCAUGGCAGGAAAAGCUCACCAACUGAGCAGCGAAGAAAGAGAACAGCUCCUGCCAAAUCUCAGAGCAGUAGGAUGGAAUGAGGUGGAAGGCAGAGAUGCUAUCUACAAGGAGUUCCAUUUCAAGGACUUUAAUCGGGCCUUUGGAUUUAUGACCAGAGUAGCUCUGCAAGCAGAAAAACUGGAUCAUCAUCCCGAAUGGUUUAAUGUUUACAACAAAGUUCAUAUAACCUUAAGCACACAUGAGUGUGCUGGCUUAUCUGAACGGGACAUCAACUUGGCCAGUUUUAUAGAGCAAGUUGCAAACACGCUAGCCUAAAAUGCUCACCGCCAUCUUUGUCUGUAAAGGUAGCUCCCACGUCUUAACCUGUUGGGAAGUAUCAUGACAAACGUAACCUGGCCUCUGUAUUCAGUUAAUAUGGGAGAACCCAUCUUUUGGUCAAAGCUUCAUAUUUGCUUACUGUAGGGUCACACCUUGCAAUAGUGCUGUGAAUUCAUCUGUUAUCCAUUAUAAAUCUGUCUUGUGUCAAUAUCUGUCUCUAGGGUUCUUUAGUCUGUAACCCUGUUUAGCAGUAUUAAGUAAGUGCAGGAGAAGUCGCCUGUGGUUGUCAGUUUUAAUAAAGCCUGCCCUUACACAAUC